CGGGCGCGCCCGGUCUUCUGCGCCCCGCCUGCCCCGGGAUCAAAGAUGAUGAUUCCAUCGGGAGAGUGUACGUAUGCUGGUAGGAAGAGAAGGAAACCCAUUCAGAAGCGGAGGCUUACCACGGGGGCUGAGAAAUCAAAUCCUUCCAAACGGCACCGGGACCGCCUCAAUACAGAGCUGGACCACCUGGCCAGCCUGCUGCCAUUUUCACCUGACAUCAUCUCCAAGUUGGACAAGCUUUCCGUCCUGCGUCUCAGCGUUAGUUACCUCAGGGUGAAGAGCUUCUUCCAAGCCUUGAGAGAGACAUGUGUCUGGCCAGCUCCAUCCCUGUCAGCAGAAGACCAUCCACACAGAGAGUGCCCUGUGCAGGAAGGACGGUUGUUGCUGGAGUCUCUCAAUGGCUUUGCCCUGGUGGUGAGUGCAGAAGGGAUGAUCUUUUAUGCAUCAGCAACAAUUGUGGACUAUCUGGGCUUCCAUCAGACAGAUGUAAUGCACCAAAACAUUUAUGACUACAUCCAUGUGGAUGACCGACAGGACUUCUGCAGACAGCUCCACUGGGCCAUGGACCCUCCACAGGUGGUGUUCGGGCAGUCCCCACAUGCUGACACAGACAAUACCAUCCUGGGGAAGCUGCUUAGGGCUCAGGAAGGGGGCAAGGGAUUGCCUUCCGAGUACUCGGCCUUCUUGACACGCUGCUUCAUUUGUCGUGUUCGCUGUCUGCUGGACAGCACCUCUGGCUUUCUGACUAUGCAGUUCCAAGGAAAACUAAAAUUCCUAUUUGGACAGAAGAAGAAGGCACCAUCAGGAACCGUACUGCCUCCCCGGCUCUCAUUGUUCUGCAUUGUGGUGCCAGUCCUGCCUUCUGUGGCUGAAAUGAAAAUGAAAAGUGCCUUCUUGAGGGCGAAGCACAGGGCAGACAUUGUGGUUACAAUGGAUUCAAGGGCAAAAGCUGUUACAAGUCUGUGUGAAUCAGAAUUGCAUCCCAAACCCAAUUACAUAGCAGGAAGGAGCAAUGGAGAAAAUGGCAUUUCUCUCUUUAGGGGACAAACAGAUAGGAGCUACUGGGCCCAGGCUCUAGCCAGGCCUUCGUGUCUAUGCCUCAGGGGUGGUUCUGACCUCCUGGAUCCCAAGGGGACUUCAGGGGACAAAGAAGAGGACCAGAAGCAUGUACUAAGGAGAUCCCCUGGUGCCCGGGGCCAGAGGGAGAUGCACAAGUACAGUUAUGGCUCGGAGACACCAGUACGCUUGAGGCACCUGAACUGGAACAUAGAACAGCGAAGUCAGGAGGACCCUACCAAGCUGACUCGACAGCCCAGUAAGAAUGAGUCCUCCACAUGUCUGGCACCCUAUGGUUCCUGUGUGCCCUACUCUGGGAGCCAGGGCAUGUUUGGGGUCAGCAAUGUGGCUUCUUUCAGAGAUUCACCAGACCAUCCCACUGGUGCCUACUGCAGCCAAAUGAACAGAUCCUUGCAGGAGAUCCACCAGCGCCAGAUGGAGCCUUCCCCUUGUCAUGUCCCCCAGGGCAGCCUGGGAUCGAGAACCCCUCUGCCUGGAACGCAGCGCUUCACAGCCAGGGGCCUUUCGACAGAGGAUGCAAAAUUGCCCAGCCUGCCAGUGACCAUCGGAACCCCAUGUAAUCCAGUAUUGUCACUGGAAGUGCCGAUCAAGAGGGAAAGUGAGUCUGGAUCCCAGGAUAUAGCUGAUGCCAGCACAACUAGCCAGGUGUGGCUGGGAGCCAGUGACAUGGCUAGGAGGCAUCUGGUCAGUUUCCCAGCCAGGUUGCACCUGAAAACAGAACCUGACUAUAGGCAACAGGUCUGUACCCCACACCUUGGGCAUGGUAUGCUGGGAGCUAAUCCCCACAGCAAGGAUACUGUCGGAUCCUGCAGGGAGCAGGCUCCUCUUUAUCCUACACAUUGCACCUGCCUGGAUCCAGAGCUUCCUCCUCAACUCUUCAUGCAGGGCCACAGUGAGAGCCAGCACCCUCCUUUGGGCCAAGGCUGCAGAGCUCCUAUUGUUAAGCGUGAGCCCCUGGAAUCACCAGCCUGGACCGUACCUGGUCAGGUGGCUGUGCCCAGGGUGUUCCCUAAGAGUGCCUCUAUAACUGUGAUCCCACCCAAAGGCUCCAAUGGAAUUUUCCUACCCUAG